GCUGAAAUAAGUGUACGGUUUAGGGUGUUGACUUGGGAGUACAGAAUUAAAAAAGACACAUUGUUAUUGAAUGCAUUUUUUUAAAAAAGAAAAUUGAUUGAAAGUUAAUUGCAAUUACUUGGACAUAAUUAAAUUAAAGUUUUUACAAAAUGGACUGGAGUUUUGUUGAGAAACCAAAAUCGGGUACUGAAACGGCAUUAGAAGCUUGUGAUUAUUUUCUCGAUGAGGUCAUUGAAGUUACAAAAUCUUUAGAUGCCCGUGAACAGGUGCGUCUGAUUAAACAUAGAGAAUUAAGACAGGCAGUGUCUACCGGAGAUGAGCGUACUGUACGUGUGCUUUUGGAAGCUUUGGGCAGUGAAAGACAAAUAAUUGUCAAUAUGGCACCAGCUGGGGCAAAUACAUUGUUAUUUUUAUCCUCUCAGUCUGGUUAUGAAAGUAUAACAAAUCGUUUAUUAGAUGCUGGUUCGGAUGGUCGUUCUCAUACCGUAACAAAAUAUUCACCCCUAUAUGCUGCAGUACAUAAUGGUCAUUAUAAUAUUGCCAAAACUAUGUUGGAAAAAUUUCCCGACUUGAUACAGCAACCUACAGUUGAGAAAUGGCUUCCUUUACAUGCUGCCUGCAUAAAUGGUCACAUUGAAUUACUCGAAUUACUUAUCAAUUUUUCCUAUCCCGAUUACCUCUACUCAACAUAUCGCGAUGAAGAAGGCGUCUGGGAAUGGCGUCUACCUUUUGAUCCUAAUGCUCAAGAUGUCACCGGACAAACUAGCCUCUAUAUAGCCAGUAUAUUAGGCAAUAAAGCUCUAGUCAAUGUUUUAGUCAAAUGGAAAGUAAAAGCUCGUAAAACUUGUGCACAAAGUCCCCAAAGUAAUCCCAUAACACCGACACGUAAACGUAUUUCCUUUGGUAUACAAGCCAUAAUGUCCAAAUUAAAUAUAAGCAGCGAUGGUGAGUCGGCACUUAAAGAAGAGUCUCUAGAAUGUGAUAAAUGUCCGAUAAAUGUAAAUCUUUUAUGUGGUGCUGCACGUGAGACACCCUUAUUGGCGGCGGUAAGAGGCAGUUUUCUGGAUGUUGUUACUGUUCUCUUACAGAAUGGUGCAAAUCCAAAUAUUAUUGCCAAACCGGUAGAGGAUCAUAAUGAUCCCAAGUGUAGUGAGGAAAUCUAUGGUCUGAGUAAUGUUCCUAUAGCGGAAGCGUGUAAACAAAGAUCUUUACCCAUGGUGGAGUUGUUGUUAAAAUAUGGUGCUCGUGAUGAUAAUGGCUCUGCUUUAAGUGUAGCUGUAGCCUCAGAAGAUGAAUCUAUUUUAAAUUGUCUACUUGCCAAACGUGUCCAUCCUGACUCUGAUUAUAAGAUCAAUAAGAAAGGCUUGCCCACACCGGUUGAAGUUAAAGUUUUUAUGCCUUCUGCUACAAAUAUUUCCUAUAGUACAAUGUUUCCCAAUACUCCGGUCAUAAUUGAUUGGCACAAUAAUAAUAAUGUUCAGUUGCCGUUCGUAAGGGUCAAUUGGAUGGUUAAUGGUGUCUUACAAUUAAAUCCGAAACUACAAGGUCAUCCUAAAAUCACCGAAGUAGCAUUGACCGCCAUAACACGUAUUGAUUUUUCUCAUAAUCAUCUUAUAAGCUUGCCUAUUGAGAUUUUCAGUUUGGUCUCAUUAAAAUAUUUAAAUGUAGCACAAAAUAAAAUAACACAAUUACCCACACCAGCGGCUAAUACACCCGGUAGUCGUGCUUCGUAUUCUUUGCCGGUUUUAGAAGAAUUCUAUAUACAAGAUAAUCAAUUGAUAAGCAUACCAGCGGAAAUAUUCCAUUUGCCUGCCUUGGCUAUUUUGGAUAUUUCAAAUAAUAAACUACAGGAAAUGCCUUUCGAUAUGUGGAAAGCUCCUAAGUUGAGAGAGUUAAAUAUUGCCUUUAAUCUGCUAAAAGACUUGCCGGUACCGCCCAUGCAAACCUCCUCUUCACAAUUGAGUUUAGAUAAAUUAGACUUGGAACCAUUUGCCAAUUUUGAUGUGUAUGGCAAUGAUAAUAAAAGUAAAACUCGCAUACUUACCCUACAACCUUUGGUGCAUCGUAAUAUUUGGUCUUCUAGCUUAGAGAUCACCGACAACGAUAUGAAAUGGAAUGAAUCGAAAAAAGAGGAAGGUGUUUCACAGCUUAAUAGUUUAAAUAUUGCCAAUAAUUUAUUUACCAGCAUACCGGCUGCAUUGCCUUGCUUGGCUGUUAAUUUGACACGCUUAAAUAUGUCCUACAAUAGUUUGCGUUCCAUGGGUCAUGUUACCAGUUAUCCCGCUACUCUCAAACAAUUGGAUUUAAGUCAUAACGAAAUAUCAUGUUGGCCCAGUUUGCCGCGUAUAACCGAAUCGGAUCCUCAUCUUUUGUGCUAUAGUUUUGUGGCUCAAAAUCAAGGUGGUGAAAAUGAUGAAAUACCCUCAUUUGCUAAACAUAAUCCCAACAAUGCCAAGUCAUCUUCAUUUAGAAGUACAGUGUUGAAAAGUGUUUGUCGUCAUAGAAGACACUUGAGAUUGGAAUCGUUGAGAACUUUAAUUUUAGCCGAUAACCUGUUGACACGCAUACAAUUGUCCACCGACGAUGUGGCAACACUUUUCAACGAUUGUGAUGACUCCGAUUGGAGUGUGGUGGGCUUAACUAAAUCCAAACUAAUAUUUCCCAAUCUCUCCAUGUUAGAUAUUAGCAAUAAUUGCCUUAAAGAGAUACCCACUUCUUUACAUGAACUCACUAGUCUUAGUGUUUUGAAUAUAAGUGGCAAUGUUAAUGUUAUGGAUUUGCCACCACACUUGGGUUUACUAACACGUCUUUGGAAUCUUAAUACGCGUGGCUGUCUUUUACAGGAUCCUCUUAAGUCCAUGAUUGAAAGUAAAAAGUAUAAAACUAUGGAUAUUAUCGGUUAUUUAAAAUCGAUUUAUGAAGAUGCUCAACCGUAUGCACGCAUGAAAUUAAUGGUGGUGGGUGUGCAAGGUAUUGGUAAAACUACUCUAUUGGAUUUAUUGCGUCAGGGUGUAGGUUCUCAAAGAUCUAGAGCUUCGGAAAAUCAUUGGGCUAAACGCAUGGGUCAUACUAAAAACUUGUCAAGAUCUCAACGAGGCGGUAAUAUUUCUACGGUUGGUGUUGAUAUUGGCACUUGGAUUUGUGAGAAAAGAAAAAAAGCUCCCGGCUCACAUGGUCCGGUAAUGUUUCGCACCUGGGAUUUUGGUGGACAAAAAGAAUAUUAUGCCACCCAUCAAUAUUUUCUCUCCAAACGGAGCCUAUAUUUAGUGUUAUGGAAAAUCACCGAUGGCCACCAGGGACUAGCGGAGAUUUUACAAUGGCUGGGUAAUAUACAAGCUAGAGCUCCUAAUUCUCCAGUCAUUAUUGUAGGCACACAUUUCGAUGCGGUAGGUGAAACAUUUUCCGCCGAAAAAGCCGAAGAAUUACAACAAAUCAUUAGGGAAAAAUUCAUAGCCAUACCGGAUGCCGAAAAGAUUGGUCUACCACGUGUUAUAGACUCGAUAGAAAUAAGUUGUCGUACUAUGCAUAAUAUACGCCUUUUGGCAAAUAUUAUAUACGAUACGGCUUUUAUGUUAAGAUCUCCUGGUUCUAAAGAACCUUUACUAUUACAAAAAAUCCCUGCCAGUUAUAUAGCUCUCGAAGAUAUUGUCAAUGUUAUUUCUUGUAAUCUAAGAGCAGCCGGUUUAGAUCCUGUACUCGAUGCUGAAAACUAUCGAAAACUAGUGACCGAAGAAAUGCGUUUGCACAACUAUAAAAGUUUUCGUGAUUCAUCGGAACUUAAUCAAGCUACCAUGUUUUUACAUGAUAAUGGUGUUAUUUUACACUAUGAUGAUGCCACUUUAAGAGAUUAUUAUUUUCUAGAUCCUCAGUGGUUGUGUGAUAUGUUGGCUCAUGUUGUAACUGUUAGAGAAAUUAAUCCAUUUGCUCGUAGUGGCAUUAUGAAAUUAGAUGAUUUAAAUUUACUAUUUCGCAAUACAAAUAGUCAACAGGGUAUGAAUACUAAUCGUUCCUAUAUUGUAAGUCUUUUGAAUAAAUUUGAAGUGGCUUUAACCUGGGAUUCGAGAACUCUGUUAAUACCCUCACUGUUGCCACAAAAUGAAGAUGUAACACCGAAUACCGGGACAGUGGUUAAGAUCUCACAACGUACUCGUGGUCGUAACUUAAAUUUAGGCUGCUCUGUAUCGAAUGAAAUCAAUUUGAAUAGUUUAAUUUAUAAACCAGUGGAUAACAACAGUAGCAAUGAUUCUAACAUCUUAGAAAUGGGUCUUAGACGUAUUUUACUAAUGACCUAUUUUCCUUCUGGUUUUUGGUCACGUUUAAUCACCAGGCUUUUAGCAGAUGAACAAUUAACUGAAGCAAUAAAAUCCGCUUAUAUACCCUCAAAUGAUCAUUCACUUGAAUUCGAUUUACGUACAUCUUUGGAACAUGAUACACAAUGGAAUUUAUGGCAAACUGGUGUAUCGUUGUAUUAUGGUCCAAUUUUGGUUUUUAAAAUAUGGGAAGUACCAUUUCCUUCAGCGGCCAAUACACAACCGUUUCGCAAUACAAACAAUCGUUUUAAACUUAAACUGGAUGGUGUCUGGAGCGAUAUAAAUCUGUGUAAUUCCAGUAUAUUGGAAAUUUAUUUUCCCCUUACACACAUUAAUAUAUUGCAAGAAAUCGAUGAUGGCGAGAGACAGCAUUUGGCACGAAUUGAACCUAAUAUGCCGGUGAUUGCUAAACUAUUGGCAUUAUCAGUAGAUCAUAUUGAUUUGCUGCUAGAGGAUUGGUAUCCCUCGUUGGGUACACGUUUUGUGCAUACAUCAGAGGGACGAUUUUUGAUAACACGUUUGGUAAUGUGUCCCAAGUGUUUGAAAAAGUUGGCUUUAAAUAGUAAAAAGGCGGAUGGCAAUGAUGCUGGUUCAAAUGGUGAGUCCUCAGAUAAUACAGGGGCCAUGGGUGGUGCUGUUGGCUAUACAAAUAAAUAUCGUGCUAGACGGCCUUUGUAUUUGCCAAAUGAUAAUAACGAGGAUGGUGCUCUUAAUGUAUUCUCUGCCUAUUUGAAUGCGACCGCUAAAAGGGAACGAAGAUCGGAAGAUUCCCUUUGUUCUGAUGCUGACUCUGGUGUGGGACCCGAUUCUGCCGGCUCAUCACGCAACACCUCCGUCGAUAGUCAUCCUUUAUACAAUCUACCCGAUAUAUCAAAUGUCUGCUAUACCUGGAUGAUAGAAGAAUGUAUAUUAUCAGUUUAUAAUCAAACAAAAAUCUCUUGUCCCGUACAUCUGGAAAUGCAAAUGUUAAAUUUAGCACCCGAUGUUGUAUUUGCCGAUAUACCCGACAAGUAUACCAUUAAUUCGGAAAGCAUUAUUAAAGGUUCCCUUUUGGGACGAGGAGCAUUUGGUUUUGUUUUUAAAGCUACGUGUAAAAUUAAAAAUUCUCGUUCUUUUAGAGCGGUAGCUAUGAAAAUGCUGCAACCUGUGCCACCGGGUCCUAGAGCCAAAGAGAGCGCAUUAAUGGCUUAUAAAGUGGCUUUGGGUAAAUGGGAUCGUGAUCCUUUACAGCAUGCUUGCAAAGCUUAUUGUACUGCCCGACAAGAAUUGGCUGUUUUGUUGACGCUUAAACAUCCUAAUAUAGUACCGCUGGUGGGUAUUUGUAUAAAACCUUUGGCUUUGGUUUUGGAAUUAGCACCUAUGGGUGGUUUGGAUUCUAUCUUAAGACAACAUCGUCGCAGUGGUGCUCACAUUGGGCCACAUACAUUUCAAAUAUUAGUUUUGCAAGCAGCUCGUGCUAUUGAAUAUUUACAUCGACGUCGUAUUAUUUACCGCGACUUGAAAUCGGAAAAUGUUUUAGUUUGGGAUUUUCCCCAGCCUCAUGCCGAGGACAGUCCGCGUAAUUGUGUUCAUAUCAAAAUAGCUGACUAUGGUAUAAGUCGUCAAACGGCUCCCAGUGGCUCUAAAGGAUUUGGUGGCACAGAAGGUUUUAUGGCUCCGGAAAUUAUACGCUAUAAUGGUGAAGAAGAAUACACAGAAAAGGUUGAUUGCUUUUCAUUCGGCAUGUUUAUCUAUGAGAAUAUUAGUUUACGUCAACCUUUUGAGGGUCAUGAAUCUAUUAAGGAAUGUAUUUUGGAAGGCAGUCGACCAGCUCUAACACAAAGAGAAACACAAUUUCCGACAUAUUGUUUAGAUUUAAUGGUUUUGUGUUGGGAUGAAUUGCCUAAAAAACGACCAACUGCCAGUCAAAUUGUAUCCAUACUAACUGCUCCAGAAUGUAUACAUCUUUUAGAUGUUAUAGCUUUGCCAUUCAAUGAUAAAGUAGUGUGUGGAGCUUUUAGUUUUAAUAAUACAAAUAAUACUGAAGAUGAAACGUCCGGCCUAGAACUAUGGUUACCUGCUUAUAACUCACACAUAGAUAUUUUAGAUACCACCCUACAAGGUCAAUUUCUACAAUCGAGUAGCAUCAAAUGCACAAAUAAAUUUUCACCUCAAGAUCAAAAAUCACCUCGUGUCGAAGAGGUUAAUCAUAAAUCUUCCUCAUCGUCACCCAUAAAUACACCUUCCUCGCUACAAGCCGGCGGCUCAACAGGUUCAUCUUCGCGUACACCCUCUGCUACACGUUUGCCAAAAAUUAAUAUGCUCUGCUGUUGCAUUAUUGAACAAUGCAUAUGGAUUGGUGAUGCUUCCGGUACUUUACAUUCCUACAGCCUGGCCGAUUAUAGUCAUAUAUUUUCAUAUAUAUUGGAUCCAGCCAUUAAAUCACCUCUAAUAACACUAGUAUAUUUGCGUGAUAUACAACGUGUUGCUGUGGGUCUACACAAUGGUCGAGUGUUUUUGGUAGAUUCUUCGAAGGUUCCUUCGAAUUGUGCAUUUGCAGAGGGUUCGUUUGUUUUAACGGAAAUUUGUUCGGGUUUAAUAUUGCACUGUUCCUGUGCGGUUAUGAUUGAGGGAAUUUAUGAAUUAUGGUGUGGCGAAAUGGCUGGUAAACUGAAUGUUUUUCCUCUUAGUAAAACUGGUGUCUGUGGUCAUCAGGCUUUGUGUCACAGUGAUGAACCAAAUGCUAUAGAAGAUCUUAAGGUGGCUAGAAUGUGCAGUAAUGAAAGUUAUGUUUUUACUUGUCUAUAUCCUGGUUUUAUGGUUUAUCAAUGGCAUGCUGUUAAUAAACAAAUUGAAAAUAAACUAGAUUGUUCCAAACUCUUACCCUGUUCGGAAUCUCUAAAAAGUAUUGCUAUAGAUGAACAUUUAAGUCUAAUCAAAUGUCAAAUUUCUGCUCUCUGUACACAUGGCAAGGAACUAUACAUAGGCACUACCUGGGGUUGUCUAAUCAUAGCUGAAGUCAAUACCUUAAGACCUAUAACAGUUUUUCGUCCUUAUGAAAAUGAAAUCAAAACCAUUAUAGCUGUACCAAAUCAAAAUGUACCUCUUAUAGCCACCAUCGGUAGACGUUAUCGUUCUUUAAUAUCACGUUAUAUGGAUUCGGUGGAAUCUUCAACAACAGCAACAAAACAUAUUUCUACACCUACGCACGCCUUUGAACAUUUGAAAAAUCAAUAUAAAAAUCAACCACAGGAUGUAGAUAAUCAUAUACAUGUUUUAUUGUGGAAGGCUAAAAAUUGGACAUAAACUAUAUCUUCAUAGGACUAAAAUGGCCAACAAUUUAAAUCAUUAAUUCGAAUAAUACGAUGUUUUUAAAACACUCAAGCACUUCAUCUAAUAUUAUGCACCAAUCUCUCUCUCUCUAAUUCACUCUAAUUCGCUCUGAUAACUUCGUGGUAAUCAUUGAUACUCAUUUAUAUUUAAACAAGUUUUUUUUUUAAUUUCUUUUAAUUUUACAUUUUUUAAAUAUUUUUACUGGAAACAAAAUAUUGUUUAUACAAUUUUUGUUCCUUUGUUUUCAAAAUUUAAUUUUCAAUAUUUUUAUUAAGGACACAUCAGGAAUGGAAAAUUAAAUACUAUUGUAAUUUUUCCGUACUUUUUAAUGCUAUGUAUACACGGUUGUUAGAUCUUACAACGUUGGCAGUAAAAUGUGCAAAAAAAAAAAAAUGUCUAAUAACUUACUUAUUUUGUCUUCCAAUAUUGUCAGUAAUGCUUGUUCUGACCAAGUUGCAAAAGAAAAAUUAUAAGUUCAGACGAUUGUUAGACACUUUCAGAACAUUUUACUGACAACGUUGUAAGAUCUGACAACUGUGUAUUACGGCUUUAACUUUCCACAGUUUACCGACUACUUAAUAGAGUCAUCAAUGGUCAUAUUCAUAGACUGGUCCACAGUUUUGUCUAUAGACUUAUUCAUAGAUCAGUUAAUAGACUAGUCAACAGACUAGUUCAUAGAUUAGUCUAUAGACUAGUUCAUACACUAGACCACAGAUUAGUUUAUAGACUAGUCAAUACACUAAUCAAUAGAAUAAAUAGCUCAUAGACUAUGAACUAAUCAAUGAACUUUUCAAUAGACUUGUCAAUGGACUAGUCCUUAGACUAUUGAAUGGAGUAGUGCUUAUACUUAUCAAUAGACCAGAUCAUAGACUAAUAGAAUAGUUCAUAGAAUUGUUCUGAGACAAUUCCAUAGACUAGUCUUUAGACUAUUGCCCAUAGACAAGUCUUUAGAUUAGUUUAAAAACUAGUUCAGAGUAUUAUAGACUAUUCAAUAGGCUAAUCAAUAGAUUAAAUAGCUCAUAGACUAGUUCAUAGACUAGCUAAUGGAUUUGUCAAGAGACUUGUCAGUAGACUAGUCCAUAGACUAUUUAAUGCAGUAGUCCUUAUACUUAUCAAUAGUCUGUAUCGUAGACUAAUAGAAUAGUUCAUAAACUUGUUCUGAGACAAUUCCAUAGACUAGUCUUUAGACUAUUGCCCAUAGACUAAUCUAUAGAUUAGUUUACAAACUAUUUUAGAGUAUUAUAGACUAUUCAAUAGGCUAAUCAAUAGAAUAAAAAGUUCAUAGACUAGUUCAUAAACUAAUCAAUGAACUUGUCAAGAGACUUGUCAGUAGACUAGUCCUUAGACUAUUUAAUGGAGUUGUGCUUAUACUUAUCAAUAGACCGGAUCAGAGACUAAUAGAAUAGUUCAUUGAAUUGUUCUGAGACAAUUCCAUAGACUAGCCUUUAGACUAUUGCCCAUAGACAAGUCUAUAGAUUAGUUUACAGACUAGUUUACAGUAUUACAGACUAUUCAAUAGGCUAAUCAAUAGAAUAAAUAGCUCAUAGACUAGUCAAUGGACUUGUCAAGAGACUUGUCAGUAGACUAGUCCUUACACUACUUAAUGCAGUAGUCCUUAUACUUAUCAAUAAACCGGAUCAUAGACUAAUUAAAUAGUUCAUAGACUUGUUCUGAGACAAUUCCAUAGACUAGUUUUUAGACUAUUGCCCGUAGACAAGUUUAUAGAUUAGUUUACAGACUAGUUAACAGACUAAAACUAUUCAAUAGACUAGAGUAAAUAAGCUAGAAAAGUAACCGAAUAAGCCCAAUCUUUUCCCAUGAAAGAAAAACGUCACAAAUCAAAAAUUUGCGUUUUUAUACAAAUUGCUUUCAAUACAAAGCAAGUGAUAAAUUAUUGUUUUUUGGUAAUUAACAGUUUGUAACUGUUUUGAUUUUUAAUAUUUUUUUAAAAAGGACAAAUUUUGAUUUUAUUAUUUCUCAAUUUUGAAGGAUUUUUAAACUCGAAUCGUAUUAUAAAAGUAACUUUCCUUGUAUUUAAUAUUUUUAUUUUUUUAAUUAAUUUAUUAAUAAUUUAGCAGUAUUAUUUAUUAAUUUCUUCUUUACAUUAAGUAUUUAUUUAACUUAAACAUAUAUAAUAAUGAUUUAUAAAA